AUGCAGCACUUAAUCUCUACAGGGAGGCUAAAUCUGAAUUUUCUCAGAAGCAAACUGCAACCUCAGCAAACAUUCGAUAUAUAUUGGACGGUAAAAGAGCUCAAGGGACAGUCGACGGUACCAUCGGACGUAACCAUGUUGAGGAUCAUAAGCCUGGCGGUGACUCUGGCCGUGUGUGUGGCACGACCCAACCAAUGGGACGACCAGCUAGGGCUCUUCCCUGCUGACGGCGGGGACUGUCAACCCAUGUUGCCUCGCGCCGUGGCCAACCCUACCACGCCCAACCAGAUACUUGACGCAGUGCUCGAAGGAGCUAUUGCAUACAUGGAAACACUAGGAUGGUGUGACUCGAAAAAUGUGCAGAACGGAGAGUCAAACCUUCCCUUCCAAGUUAACUCUGACGGAAGCAGCUCCGAGAACUUCAGCAUCACUGAGGCCAAUAUAACUGGACUGUGCUCCCUGCGCCGCUCCAAGUCCGCUUCCUUCAACGCUGAUCAGAGUGUGCUCACUGGUUCGGUUGUCGUGGAAAACGCUCGUGCCAACGCCGACUACACGGUAACCUUUGCCGGUGUUGGAGAAGCUCCAGCCCAGACUGUUUCUGGUCAAGUUGUAGAGCGUGUGGACAAGCUGUUCGCCGAUAUCCAGAUCAACUUGUUAAACCUUGUGCCUCAGAACAUCGCCAGCUACGCCGUAAGACCAGGUCAUGACCUGCUUGAAAGUGCUAGCAACUUGGACGGCAAUGAUAUGAAGGACGUUCACAGCGCCGGCUUCAGGAAGGCUUUGCGAGAGAUCGUGGAGAAAACCAUGUCUUCUAACAUCAAGGUGCAGAUCAACAAAUCCAUCCAGGAUAUGAAGAAUGCUUGAUCUUUCAACGUCAUGAUGAAAUUGUGAGUGUACGGAGAGACAAAUAAAAACUAGCAAUUAAAUUUAAAGUUAUAA